AUGCUAGAUGACAAUGACAGACCACAUCUUGCACUGGUCGUCACUGAUUAUCUUCGAUGGCAUGACCCCAAUAACGCAGCUGUGGGAUGUUCUCGUAGAGUGUACGUCCGAGACACACCAUCCGCCAACGUGGGAUACUUUUCUGGCGUGCAGUACCAAGGGCAACGAUACGCAAGAUCUGACUUUGUUGUGGUGCACUUGCCUCCAUCACCCACCUGCCUCCAUCACCCACCUGCCUUCACCUGCCUCCAUCACCCACCUGCCUUCACCUGCCUCCAUCACCCACCUGCCUCCGUCACCCACCUGCCUUCACCUGCCUCUAUCACCCACCUGCCUUCACCUGCCUCCAUCACCCACCUGCCUGCACCUGCCUCCAUCACCCACCUGCCUGUACCUGCCUCCAUCACCAACCUGCCUCCAUCACCCACCUGCAUAUCCUUCACCACGAGAUCCGACUUUGUUGUGGUGUACCUGCCUCCAUCACCCACCUGCAUCCAUCACCCACCUGCGUCCAUCACCCACCUGCCUUCACCUGCCUCCAUCACCCACCUGCCUCCAUCACUAACCUGCCUUCGCCUGCCUCCAUCACCCACCUGCCUCCAUCACCCACCUGCCUUCACCUGCCUCCAUCACCCACGUGCCUCAAUCACCCACCUGCCUUCCCCUGCCUCCAUAACCCACCUGCCUCCAUCACCCACCUGCCUGUACCUGCCUCCAUCACCCACCUGCAUAUCCUAA